GUUGAUUACUAUGUUCAAACCCUAGCCAGAGUUUUAUCGAGUGAGAAGGAGGCGCAGAUGUGCAUUUAUCGAGCAUCAUGGGAGAGGGAUUUCUUCUUCUGCUGUGAUAUUGACGAGGCAUCUUCCCGCGCUCUCGCUCGUAUACCAGGGGUAAUUUCUAUAAGCCCCGACAGGGAUAUAAAAACAACGACUGAUUCUAGCGCUUCCAACCUUCUAUUAGCACAACAAACCAAUCCUGCUACUCGUUCUUCUAGAUUUUUCCCUUCAGCAGCAGCGAAUUGUGAUGCGUGGCUUGUUAAAAUGGAGAAACCUGGAGUUGAAGUGGUAACAAAGGCUCAAAUGGUAGACUAUUUUGCACAGACUCUGACAAAAGUAAUGGGAAAUGAGAUGGAUGCACAAGUUUCCAUAUAUAAUGUCUCAUGGGAGAAGGACUUUGGAUUUUGUUGCCAAAUUGAUGAGGAAUGUGCAUGUGAACUCUCUGACGUUCCAGGUGUAUUGUCCGUACAGCCUGACAUGAAUUUUAGAUCGGAAAAUAAAAAUUAUAAAGCUGAUGAUAUGUUACUGAAGACGAAAGAGUUGCAUGAUUCUACUGAAACAACUUCAUUACCUGAUGUAAAAACUAAAAGGUUGUUUGUGACUGGGCUUUCCUUCUAUACAUCUGAGAAAACUCUACGAGCAGCAUUUGAACCAUUUGGCGAACUUGUUGAAGUAAAAAUUAUAAUGGACAAGAUAUCAAAGAGAUCGAAGGGUUAUGCCUUCAUAGAGUACACAACAGAAGAAGAUGCAGGUGCAGCUCUUAAAGAGAUGAAUGGAAAGAUCAUAAAUGGUUGGAUGAUAGUUGUUGAUGUUGCUAAAACUAACCCACCAAAAUACAGCAGGAGUCCUCCACGGUCAUCAUCUUCCAGACGCUAAAUGUGAUAAAUUCUCAGAAUUAUCUAAACUGCCCAACAAACAAAGACGAGCCCGAUGAAUUAGUAAACGGCCUUGGCAAGAAAUUCGUUCUUAAUCACAAGCAAACCAAGAAGAUACCUUCGUGGCUGGGACAAGUUCUCUCUGCAUAGAAGCAAAUGUUUCCAGAAGGUAUUGUUGUCCCUACUUACGGCAUUGUAUGUAUAUUAUUGUAUUGAUAUAUCACAGGCAAGUUCGCUAAACUUGUAGCUCGACACAAAUCAAUCAGUAAGGUAAAGUUUUGUAGUUGAGAGAUCUUUGAAUAUUUUAACAUAAAGGUGUAGACGUGACUAGAAGUGUUA